AUGCCCACGUCAAGUAGCAUCCUGCAGAAGUUCCUGAGCAACGGUUUGGCCUUCGGCAAGUCCACCAAACUGGCGCUAGUGGUGCGAUCCGACCUGAAGAUGUCCAAGGGCAAGACAGCGGCCCAGUGCGCCCAUGCGGCAGUCAUGUGUUACCAAAGCUCUGUCCAGGGAACCAAGCUCCAGAACGCCAUUGUGCAGCGAUGGUGUCGCCUGGGACAGCCGAAGAUAGUGCUACGAGUGGACAACUUCGAACAGCUGAGCUCCCUGGAACGACAGGCUCAAGAGGCGAACGUUGUGGCCGCCAUGGUUAGGGACGCCGGGCGCACUCAGCUAGAAUCUGGGACAGCUACGGUCCUCGGAUUGGGUCCAGCCCCUGCCGAAGAUGUAGACAAACUGGUGGCGCAUUUGAAGCUUUUGUGAACUCUUAGGUUUAUGCAACGUUACAAAUAAAGUACAAGUAAUCAA